AAAGAACUGAUUGAACUUAUUUGAUUGUAUUUGUUGUUUAGUUAAGCAUUUCUCACGAAUGAUGAAUGCAAAAUACGUACAUGUAAGCGCCGUGUUAUUGUGUUUACUUUGUAGCUAAUGAAACAUGACUGACAAGUGAAUUAAGGUACACACAAAAAAGGUGCUUCUGAAAUACAAAUUAUGGUGAAUACCGGCAAUUAGUGCAAAUUGUGUUACAUAUAUUUUAUUUUAUCUCCGCUUGAAGAUCACCUUGAAACAAGUGUGACGUGGGAGUGGCGUUACGGAGAUAAUGCUGCCACAGGAUGGGGUCCAGCCUCAUCUUAUUAAGAGAUGGUGCCACCGUCGACACUGAAUUUCUUCGGACCUGAACUACUCCGGAGAUCCCGCACUUUUACUACGAUCAUGCUCCAUAAUGAUCCACAAUUUGAUCUCGAACAAAUGUUUACAUUGCUGUCCUAUCGUUACAAAGACAGAGGUGGCCACAAACCAGAUCAAUCAUUCUGGGUUCCCACUGGCCACGUGAGCAUAACUCUGUCGUAACAGAGGAAAUGGGAGUUCCGCGUCGUCAGGAAACGGAGAUAUAUUCAUAACCAAUAAUGUAUACCUUUAAAAAUAUGUUAGACAAUUUAUCUUUCAUGGUGGAUAACUUCAAUUCUUGAAAGCUUCAGUUAUCCUUGUUCCUAAUUUGAAAUUCUCAGUAAAAUUUAAACGUUAAUGGAGAAAUAUGGAACACACUCUGCUCAUUAAUAAAUGCUCACCUGAACUUACUGCUCCACAAAGACUAGUCCAGUUACUUUGAGCAAUUAUAUUUGAAAAAAACAUAUCAGUAUUUAUCAUAAUGACGUUGGAUUUAUCUGUUCGGUUGAAGUGAUUUAGAUUUCUGUGUCAUGUUACUUUUGCACUAGUGCAUUAUUACUGGGCCCUGGUGCAAGCAUUGGGUCAGUUUGAAGAAUUUAUGUGGCACAGGAAAUACAUUUAUCGAAGUCUGAUAAUUUUUAUGUACUGAAUUAUCAUGCGAGUUCUUAUAUUCGAUAAUGUGCGUUCGCUGAAUUAUUACAUAAAUAACAUGAACCAUUCGGAAAUUAAUGAAGCUCUUCCCACCAAACACUUAAGAAUUUAUGGAAGUUCCGUUAAUACGUGUGUAAUAUUGGCUCAAGUGAAUUUUAUUGUGAAGAAUGAUGCAUAUCUGUAAUAUAAUUGUUCAGCAUGGAAGUGUACGUGGAAUCCGCGUGAAGAAUAUCACAUCAUUAAGUGUUCCUGUCAGAAUGUUUGGAAGUGUCGGAUAAAAAUGUUUUCUCACUGUCUUCGACUGAUAGAACCUACGAAGACAUAUAGUUAACUACUGUGUCGUCAGGUUGGUAGACCUGACAAUGUUUCUACAUUCCAAUUACUUCUUAUCCAGACACAUCUGAAGUCAGUGACUGAAUUUAGAGAAAGUAACUGUGAACUCAGGAUUCUUGUGAAUGAGUGAAUAACUACUACGAAAAUUAGCGAAUCGCCAGUGUCUGUGGUAAUGUUGGGUCAUGAAUCUUUCAUAUACAAAUAGACGUUUCCUGUGGUUAUAUUUGUGGUGGCUUUCUCCAGAAGGAAGCAUCUCCAACAAAAUAACUGCUAAUAAAGUGGUGUACCGGCAUUAUGCCCCGGGGUUCAAGCCCCCCUGCACCCCCUGCUGCCACUACUAACCACCCCCACAACCCUCACCUGGACGUGGCUAUAACGUGUCUGUGGAUAUUAACCCCACUCGCUGCCACCAUUUCACUUGUCAUCGUGUGUAUAGCCAUGACGACUAACCAGUGGCUUCACACCGAGGAGAAAAUGAACAACCCUAAUUACAACGGAACCGGGGAAAGGGAUUACUUGUCAAAGUACACCGUGUCUGGCCUCUGGACUCUGUGCUACACGAAUCCAGGAGAAAUGGAUCUGCAUUGCUUCAACAUCGACUACUUCCCUCGAGAGGAAUAUAGCCCGGAUCCCAAUGACUCCACCAUGGCGAUUCCUUAUGCUGUGACCAAGUCUGCAUUAUUUUUUAUCCUGGCUACCCUCCUUGUCUUCGUGGGAGAGUUCUGCUGCCUGUUUGGACAUUUUGCUCGUCAGAGGCGCAUUUUUACCUUCAUCUCUGGUGUACUGUGCAUCAUGUCCGGGCUGCUGAUGUUGAUUGGUCUGGUUAUGUACAUCUCCAUCUUCAAAGCUGAAAUUGGCAGCAAGUUGCGCCCUCGCUCACAGCUUCAACCACCUUUGUUCACCUAUCGCUAUGGGUUCAGCUUUCUUCUCGUCGUAUCUGGAUUCAUGGCUACAGAAAUUGCUGGAACAUGUGCAGUGUUCCUUUAUAUCUACUGGCAUCAGAAGGAAUGGGUUCGCAAACAGUUUGAACAUCACCUCCAUCGUCGCAAACUAUCUGCUUCUUCCAUGCUACUCACUGCAGACCACCAUAAUCCAAGCAGUCUGUUUCCCUGCAGGCGCCAUCCACAUUCCUAUCAACAACAGCAAUAUACUUCAGGAAGACCUCCACAACUUCUUAGAGCCUCUCCUCAACGACGGUUAUAUUUAGACCAUGACCCUAGAGGUCCUGAUGGUGUGGAGUGCAGUAACAGUGGAGAGCCUUCACCCUGUAGACACCUAGCGCUUCCUUCCUUCACCGGUUCCAUGAGGGAUAUGACCUCUUCUUCCUAUUAUAGCUUCCCUGCUCCAGCUGGAACUGUUGUUGAUACUUCUACAGGAUAUCACCAACAUUAUUUUCAUCAUCAUCGUGGAGAAGAGGAGUGUGAAGCAACACCGCCUCCAAUUGAUUUGCGUCAUCAGCAUCACCAUCAACAUCAACAACAUCAUCAUCAUCUUCAUCCACACCACCAUGGUAGCGCCAGAGAACUAUCAGGCUCUCAUUCUUCUUUCUUUCCACGUGAUGCUACAACUAACACUGUGUCUACAACAGCUGACAUUAACUCCUGCGGUGAUAAUGAUAUUGAUGAUGAGGAUUAUUCUCCAUCAAUGCAACAUGAACAUGAGUUUGUGACUUUUGACCUAGAUGACCACCCCCCUGUGCCACCUGUCAGGGCAGUUGCCACAACAACAGAUGAGUUAUCACCUCAACAGAGACGGAAAGAUUUCGGGUUAGACGCUUUGAGACGGACAACUCCAGUCUAGUGAAUAAAAAUCCCAUACACAUUCAAAGAUAAUGGUUAUUUGUACUGUAAUACUCUAUUUGAGUGGCGUAAGCAUUCUGCAUUCAGAUUUUCCAGAAAAGAAGUGCACAUUGUUUAAUUGUUUCCAAAUUUCUUAAGCUGCUGGAACAGUUUCACAGUACCUUGGUCUUGGAAGGAUUUUUGGGCUUGCUGAUAUUUCAUUGGUGGACGCUAGACUAAUUUUCCUUGAAGGAUGGUGGAAUAAUUUCUUCUAUUGAACAGACUUAAUCAUUAACCAGUCUGUGGCUGUUGGGGACAUUCACAGACGCCUGAACCUUUCAUAUUUCUUGGUCUUUGGAAUUUCUCUCAUCCUCUCUGACCAUGUUCUUCCUUGGUGUUCAGGCAUACAAAUGCAUUAGUAAAAUUCCAAACCUGGAUACCCCUUUGUAGGGUGGUAGUAUGACUCCAAGAGCACAAAGUUUAUUAUAUUAAACAAAUAAGAAAUGAAGUAUCCAUUUAGAAAUGAAAUAUUAUAUGGGAUGAGUGUAUCUUGAAACAAAAGUAUUCAGAAUCAACUAAUUGCACCCUGUAGGUUAUGUGAUGCAAAUGAAUGAGUUAAGCUCUGUCUUUAAAAUGCUGCUGUGUUUAACCACCUUUCAAUUAUAACUCAUAAUUAUCAAUAAUCUGCAUCUCGAAAGAAGGAACAGUACAAGCAACCAUUGUUUUAUUUUUCAGAUUAGGUACAAUUACAAUAUAAAACUGGAGUGUGAAUUGCUAAUAAUGUUAAAUGAACAUGUUUUGUACAUCAAAUGCCUGAAGAACAUUCAUCAUCUAGUUUAGACAAAAUGGUGUAACAUGAGAUGUGAUGAUAAAGCAUGGCUUGUGAGAGGGUAGUGCUGUCAUACUGAAAUAAGAACAAGCAAUAUCUAUUCUAAUAAACUUAGUGUGUUAUAUAUUCGAUUGUAUAUUUUUAUACAUUACAAUUUUCUUCAAAAUCAGUAUCUAAUAUGAAGCAAAUACAUGUCUCCUUAUUUGUAGCUGACAUAUUAUUAAGAACGGAAAACAUUUGUUUGUUGUUAUUGAUUGUAUUUCUUAAAGUAGGUGAUAAACCAAUUUUAAGACCUUUGUUUUAUUUCUGACAAUCAUAAUCAUUCCAUUUAAUUUACAUCUGUUGUCAUUUUUACUGACCUUUACAUGAAAUUUGUUUUUUUUCCCCUCCCCCACUGCCUCAAGUACACAUUUGCAUGUGAGCGGUAAAGACAUACAGAGAAGCCGGUCACAUUGGCUGCAAACUUAGAGACAAUGUAACUCAUAUAUGUUUCGUGUCGGUAUGGCAAGAUUAAUGGCCUUCCACAAUAAUAAUAAUUGUUGCUUUAUGUAAUUUUUUCAUGGAUGUUACAGCAUGAUGCAAACUUCUCAUGUAUCCAGAGUUAGAUAUAAUGGAAGUACUACAGGAAAAAAUCAUAAUAGGUUUUUUAUUAAUGUCAGAGUAAUUGUCUAUUUUUACAAUUGUAACAAUCUGUGUUGUGUUUAACAUCAUUAUUUAAUGGUACAAUCAUGUGAAAAUUUUUCAUUAUAUACAAAUGACUCUAAUACUCUUCUAAAUAGGCAAACCAUACUCUCAUUCAUAGGGUGAUAAGCAGGGCCCAGAUUUUGAUGACAUGUCAUCUUUUUUUUCCUUGUAUCCUAUGCGAUGCU